AAAUCAGAGCAGCUUUAUUUUAUUUAAAGGCUCUUCGUUGUGGUGGGAGUCCCGUAAGGACAAUGCAGCAUCCCGGAGGAUGGAUAGGUAGUGUUUAUACAGACAUGUAAUUCAUCCCACACCUGUAUGAUGAUAUAAUUUUUUUUUUAAAUGUAGGCUGUGAGAAGUAAUUAAACUGGGGAUAAAUAAAAGCUUUUUAAAAAUACAAAUUACCUGGAAUCAUGCGGUGAUGACGCAUAUCUUUAAGUGUCUAUUGAUUACGGGGGCGUAAUAAAGAGCUUAAAUAGCGAGGAGAGGAAGCUGAAGUCCCAUCCUCCUGACAGAGCUGAAUCCUGCUGCAGCGCGCACAUCCCAGCUGUUUGCAAUGAUGAUGUUAUCGGUCCUCCCAGUGGUGCUGCUCUCACUGCACGCCGCUCAAGUCGACAGCGUGGACAUGACCUUUGUAAGCAGAGACCCCAUCACCGGGUCGCCGGUGAGCUGUGACCGCUGUCCCCCUGGGACAUACCUGCGGUCUCGGUGCUCAUCCGAGAAGAAGAGCGACUGCGCAAAGUGUCCGCAGGGCUCCUUCACUGAGGUGUGGAACCACAUCGGGAGGUGCCUGCGCUGCGGAGUCUGCAGUCACAAUCAGGUGGUGAAGACCCCGUGCACAGCGGACAGAGACUGCCAGUGCCAGUGCAAACCGGGGUACUACUACAAGCCGCAGUACGAUAUGUGCUUCCCACACAGCGCGUGUCCAUCCGGACAAGGAGUGCGGGCAAAAGGUACACCUGAUGAGGACACCGUGUGCCAGACUUGCUCUGACGGCACCUUCUCCGAGGUUUCCUCUGCUCAUCACAACUGCACAGAGCACAAGAGCUGCAGUGGUGCAGGACUGCAGCUGGCACUGAGGGGCUCCUCCUGGCACAACAAUGUGUGUGCAAACUGCGAAGAUCUCAAAGAUGGCGCUGACUACCUCAGAGAAAUCCUCCCAGCUUUUUUUGUGCACCAUAAUAUAAAUAUCAAGCGGCUGCGUCGAAUUGUGCACAAGCUCCCAUCUCAGGAUGCGAAGAGACAGGGAAGAAGCACAGAGCUGAAUUCCUCAGAGCUUCACCAACAGCUCAACGCCUGGAUAGCAUCCGCGACAGCAGAGCAAAUUCGGAAGCUUCCGUCAGUACUGACGAACGCUGGAGCAAGCAGCGCUGGUGAGAGGUUAGACCAAAAGCUGCAAAGAAUCGACAGUCAGCUGAAAACUGAGUGUAGACGGAAUGAGGUGGAGGUGGUUGAUGCGUAAAGUAGGUUGAGAUUAAAAGAAAUCUAUAUGUAUCUUGCGCAGGCACCAAAUAAUUUUUGCAGGACCACUUUUCCUUGUGUAUUGUAUUAAAAUAAUCUUUUUAUUUUAGGAAGUUGCUGCCUUAGUUUAAAUGCACUGAAGACAGGCUUUAGCACUUUUUACCAUAAACAUUGGUUUUAUUUGAACAUUAAGAUUGUUUUUUCAUUGUUUUUUGGACCAAUUAAAAAAAGUAACUUCACUUUAGUUACAAAAUGUUACAUUUUUUAAAUCCUCUGUCAAUGAUGUGAUACUAACAGUACAUUUAUGACAUAUUUGAUACUGUUAGUAUUUACUUGUGUUAGGUAUCACGUUAUCGGUUCCCAGCAAAGUGACAAUGUUGCACCGGGGUUUCUAAACUAACAAGGACUGAAUUUAAAAAUGCCCAUAUUUUUUUCUGGAAGUGAAAACAGAAAUAUCCUCCAGACUUAAUAAAGAAAUGCUGGUAUUAACCUUUACAGAGAAAAAAAUUGACCUACCUCUUCCUUUGUUGCAAUGGUUCUGCUCAUUUCAAGGGUUUUAAAGUUUUAACAAUGUAUAACAGCUUGAUAUGUGAACUUUGUAAUUUAUUUUGCUAUUUAUAAGACUGAGACGAGUAGAAAGACAAGGUGGUAUAGCCUGUUUGCCAUCUUUAUUUUUAUAUGUAAAGAAUGAGUUCAGUUUUUUUUAGCUAUGUUGGCUAUGCUAGUCUACCUGAAGCUUUGUGUAAUGCAAAAUAAAAUUAAUAUAUCAAACAUAAAAA